GCGGCGAUUGAUGUGAAAGGCGAAACGUUGUAGUUUUUCCUUUUGUAAAUAAAUGUAACCGCGUUUUUGUAACAUUUUAUUAAAUCAAGAAGAAGAGGAUUUUUCACUGAAUACUGUUUUGUAUCACGAUACAGAUUGGCAAACAUUGUAUGAUAGUAAAAGUGGUUAUUCGUUUCACAAUAGACAAAACCCAUCGUCACGAGCACUUGGUGCCGAGGCCAUAUUUAUGAUGUUAUCUGUUUUGUGAGCGUCUUCGAAUCCCAUUGAUUCAACAUUGUGAGAUUUUCACAAGUAAAGAAAUGGGUAUCCCUUUGAGUGAACAUUCAUACCUAUUGAAAAUAAUUCAGUGUGCUCCAGAGUAGUGGUAUUUUAAUAUUCUUACUGUUUGGCAAACUAAGGAUGAAAGUGUGGACUAAUAUAAAGAGAUUAUAUUGAUAAUAAUAUUACAAGACGGAGGUGGUAAUGGAUCCAGUAGGACCAUGGUCAGCGUAUGCCUCAUACAAUCGACUGGCAGGUGUACAAGCUGGUGCUGCAAGUGGAGAUUUUCACCAUCAUUUGGCAAGCAGUGGUACAGGAUUAGGAAGUCAGUCAGUCCCUUCAACAACAAGUCAGUUAUUAUUGCAGGCAGCUCACACUACUGCAUCACUAGCAGGUCAAUUGGGUUCAUCAACAGCAUCACCUUUUAAUCCAGGUGGAUUUCUGUCACCUCCAGCUGUAAGCUAUGAUGCAGUUUUUUCACCGUUGUUUCAUCAUGGAAAUCCAAAACCAGCACACUACAGUUCUACAUUACAACAUAGACAAGUUAUAGCACAGGCUCAAGCUCAGGCACAAGCUGCUGCAGCAUCUAAGCAGUCAUCAGUGGAAACAGAACUUUCUUCAUUGAGAGAAAAUUAUUCUCAUCAAACACUAGCUGCUCAAGGAACAUUUUUUGACCAACCUUCUACUGGAAGUACAGCAGGGCUAAGUUGGCAAGGCAAUAAUCAACUUCCAAGUCCAUUUGGAAUCUUACCACAUGAAAGUGUAGUGCCUUCUUCACCGAGUCCAGCCACUACAAAAUCGGCUGCAUCAUAUGAAAAUUUUAAUGCACAUUUUGCAGCUACACAAAAUCUCAAUAAUCACAUAAAUUCGCAGAUUGCUAAUACUACUAAACCAACAAACAGGUCGGGAUCACCAGCAACUGCGUCAAAACAACCAGUGUCAUCAGCACCUUCAACAUUUUUUCAAUCUCCCUCAACAUUUGGAAAUCAGACUGAGAAUUCAUAUAGUUCAAACAGUUCUAAAAGUGGUCAGCUAUCUGCACAACAGGACUAUGCUGGAAGUAAGUCAUAUUCAAGUUCUGCAAGUUCUGCAGCUCUCUCCCAACAAUCUUGUAUAGUAUCAAAUCCACCUGUCACCUCUGUAUCCACUCCUAGCAAAGACUUUCGAACCUCAUCCUCAACCUCAACCACAAGAUCAUCAACAUCAAUAUAUAAUUCUCAGUCCCCAAAGAGUGCAAGCAGUGAAAAAUCCCAUCCAGCAAAUAGUAGUAAUAGUGGUUUUGCCUCACCCACACCUAAACCUCCUCAAGUCCAGACAAAGGCUCAAAGCAAAGUGUAUCCAGAAAUAGCAAAUGAUCAACGUAAAAGCUGUGAUUCAAAUGAUAAACUUCAACCACAAUCUUCACCUAUUAGUUAUUCUAUAAUGGAUGCACCUGGGAGAUUAAGCUUUUCUGCAAGCAAUGGUUCAUCAUCUAAAUCUAGAAUAGGAUCUUUAGCAUACUCUUCUAAUCAAAGUUCUAGUUUUCGACAUUAUCAAAGUGGUAAUAAUGUUGAAUCUGACUACCACGUUAGAGCUAAGAGUAGUUCAAGUACAGAUACUGGUUAUUCUAGUAGUAGUUCACAAAAUGGUCCAGAUUGUAGUUUAGUUGGAUCUAAACGACAAAGUCCCUUACAAUCAGCACCACAAACUUCACCAUUAGGACAUGGCUCAAGUCCUGCGUAUCCUGUGUAUCACAGCCCAAUGAAUUCUAUGAAUUCACCACAGCCGCAUGGAGAGCACUAUAGUAAAGUCCCUGCACCUCGUUCACCUCUUGAUGCAUCAAUAUCAAGACCACCAUCACAAAAUAGCCAAGUAGCAUACCCUUCUGUUAUUACCCGUGCUUUAGGAAUAGAACAAAAUAAAACAUAUGCUGAAACUCGUUAUGAACGAAAUCAGCCUCCAAGCUCAGCAUCUUGUUGGGAUGCAGAAAGGCAAAAGAAAUUUAGUAUCAGUAAUAAUAACAAUGUUAGUCAUACUUCUUAUAAUACAUCGUCUGAUAACAAUACUCAUGAAGAGAAACCACCUCAAAAUUCUAAUGACCGAACUUUAGGCUUAAGUGAAAAGCACCAGCAUUAUUUUGAUAGUAAUAAUGUAGCUUUACAAGAUCUUUCUAGUUGCAGAGGUGAUCCAAUGACUAUAGUUAAAAAUCUUCAAAACUUGCAGCAAAAUUGUCAAUUACAAGACUCAAAAGCAAGUAAAACUCAAACUCCUAUUACAAAUACAAUUGCAUCUAAAGUAGUAAGAAGAAAGAGCACUGAUAAACCAAUUCCCCAUUCUAAUGAAUUAUCAAAUGCUGCAGUGAUGGCUGACUAUUUAGCUUCGCGGAUACCUCCCCCUGCUCAUAGUUCUACCAGUAACCAACAACAGAAUGGUACAUAUUUUGAUUUUGAGAGAUGGAAUCUACCACCACCACCCCCCAAAAUGUUUCCUGGCACCACACCUUUUGGAUCACAAGCACAAUUGCAUGCAUCCAAUUUUGCUAACCAACAUCAAGCUCUAGCAAUGCAACAUGGACAUGCAUUGACUUAUUUCCCACCUUUCCACUUAGGUCCUCAUCCUGAUUUCCCAUCCUCUGUGGAGUUAACACCUCUGUCGUCUUUUAGUGACACACCACCUUCGGCUUCUUCAUCAUCUUUUUCUACUCCUGAAACUCGUGAAGAAGAGCAGCCUAAGGUGGUAGUACCUAAUAUAGAGGAAGAACUUGGUUUCCUUGCAGAACGGGCCAAUUCUGCGUCGACGGUAGCACCCACUUCACAGCAGCAGAACUUAAACAACUCACAAGAUACAUCAAAAGUCAUGGAUAAAAAGUUCAAUGUUCCGGUCACAGGCCCGGGCUCAGGCUUCAUGGCUUCUUAUUUGAAGUUCUUGCAAGGGGAAAGGGACACAUCACCUCCUCCGGCCGGUAGGGGAGCCAGAAAAUCAACUUGGUCAAGAACAAAUACAACAAGUACUGUAAAUAAUAAUAAAACUUACAAUACAGUUGAUCACACCAAAAGUCCUUGUGAUGCAAACUCAUCGCAACAAAAUGCUAAUGGUGCAAUGGCUCCAUCUAACCCUUUAAAUACCGUUAUGCCUUUAAGUAAUCCUGUCCUGAGUUCACCUGUCAGUAUGAAUACAACGGGUUUAUUGGGCAGUAAUCAAAUUCAUGGCUCACAGUCAAAUCUGCUUGGUUCACAAGGAAAAGGUGUUGAGUUAGAUGAUCCGCGCUAUUACAAUUUAAACAAAGAGCGAAAACGAAAGUUUGAUGGGUCAGAUGAGUCUAGUUAUGAUGCAGAAGAAGAGGCAAGAAGGCUAAACAAACCAGUUCUAAAUGUGCCUAGUACACCGUUAAAUGAUAAGACCAAAAAGAGUAGAUCGACAGCCAUGAACAAGCCCACACCAUCAGCAGUGGUCGCUCCCCAACCGGCCGCGCCCAAGAAGCCACGACCACCUGCGCCCCCGCCUGUGGCCCCGCUGCAGGCAGCACCACAGCAACAAUACUAUUACCAACACCAACCUGAGGAAGUUAAUCCGCAUGCCACUGCUACAGGAUAUGGAACAUAUGGAUCAACAGACAAUGAUAAUUCCAGCAGGAAAUUGCAUAACAUUAAAUCACAUCAGCAGAUUGCCCCGGGUCAGAUUGAUAACAAUAGGCCAAUUGAAGAAAUGCCCUAUCAGUCCGGAGAGUUCAUCACAUUAAAAAGUGAAUUAAAUGAAAUGUGGCCGGCGAUGUGGCGGGUAGAUGGAAAAACAUUAUUGCAGAAGUUCGAACCGUUUGAAGAAAAUGGAAAAGUUUUAUAUAGAAAUAUAUCGACGUACACUGUCUGGAAUCCGGAUAAUAAGAAACUGUAUACUCAAGUACCAGUGAAGAUUCGAUCGCAGUCACAUUUAGAAACAAUUAUAGAGUUAGUGAGGAAUGAAUUGCCGCUAGAUGAUUGUAAUUUUAUCGAGAAGAGAAUGUUGGAGACCCAGAUGUAUCAGGAGAAUUUUGAGGUCUACAUUCAAACGUUGAUAUCGCACGCGCUGGAUCCUAAUUUCCUGAUGGAAAUUUUCCAAGAGCAAGAUGAGUAUUUCCUAUCGAAUGUGAAAACUGUGGAUGAAGUGACAGAGACGAUGCGAUCGCGAGUGUCAUCUGGUGUGCUGGGAAACGGUGGAGGGGCGCGCUCUAUAGACGCGGCUGUGGGCACCUGGCCAGGUCUGAGUGUCACGGCUGGGAAUGGAACCUGCAGGGCAUGUUCUAGACCGGCAGUCGCAAGGUUACUACUGUAUGGACAGCCAUAUAACCCUGGGACGUUGGAGCCUGUUCAACCUGAUGCUAGAUUAGCCUAUGAAAAGGAGUUCCUUGUGUGUACGACGUGCUGCGGCCGCGUACAAUUGUAUUCUAGGAUAUCCCAUCAGAAGUACCUCAUGUACGCCGAGUGCAGUAAACGAGUCGCUGAGAAACGAAUGCAGAACCCCAGUAAAGACACCACAGUUAUAUUGAACGAGCUGUUGGCGGAUGAAGUGUGGCUCUCACAGUUAUUCCGCGACGUUCGACAUUCCUGGGCAGAAGCGGAGUCCUGGGAGCGGAAAAUGAGGCACGCGAUGUCCAGACAAAUGAUAUAACAGUUGUUAUAGCCUCGUCGUAUCAAGUGUACAAUAACUUUGACAUUUCGUAAGGACUUUUUGAUACGUGUGAAGUGUCCUCGGGCGUGUAUCGAUACGUCCGUUAAAAAUACGUACAUAAUAGCAUUUAAUUUAGCGUUACGGAGACGGGAAUCACAUUGAGACCACGGACGAGUUAAAAAAGAUAGACUCCGCGCCGCGAUAUUAGCAAGUGAAGCACCUCUAUGCUAGUGUGUGUGCGGUUACGGGGGAUACCAGUUACAGAGUUUUUUCUCCCUUAAAUAAUAACACAAAUACUUUUAUAGUAUCGUUUUUACAUUUUUUCACAACGCACUACGGCAUUUUUAAAAUAUUUUAUUGCGACGGAAACUGAUCGGCCAGACGGUGGCACAUCUCAUAAUGGCGGCCGAUCGGCUUAUAUUAGUGUAAGUGUGUGCGUGGGACUAUGUAUUUACUCGUUUACCGGCUUGCUUUGGUGCUUCACUGUUAUGUAAGGUGACAUGGAGUCUUUCUUUUUUUACUCGUCCGUGAUUGAGACAUCACAUAUUUUAAGAUAAAAUUAUAACAAGUUAAUGGCUGUUACUUUGGUAUCUGUCAUUGAUGUGGCCAUUUCUUUUAGAGCAAUUGUUGUGAUUUAUUUUUAUUCGUGCAAGUGAUCUGUUAGCGAUUAGUUUAGUCUUAUAUACUUUUAAUUAAAACUGAUUUUCUAGAGCGGGUAUCGGUCCGAAAUUAAAUUCCAUAAAAUCUUUUUGAAGAUUUUUUUUCUAAUUAAUAACGAAUGUGUUUUUUUUUUUCGGUACAAUAACUUGAGAACUAUGCCCCGUUGAGGGUUGUAUCAGAAUUGUUUUGUACUGUGUGUAUAAAUUUUUUUAUUGUUAAUUGAAUAUAAAUUAUAUCAUUUGAAAUUUAUUUUUAAUAUUGUAACUAAAUGUUUGUUAUGGAAUCAAUUGGCUAAAAACUGCUUAAUAUCAAAAUGGACCUGAAAAAAUACUAAAGGUGCAUAAUAUGAGGCUUUCGAGUGCAUUUAUUCCAUUGAGGUCGCAAGUUAUCAUGCUCGGUUACUAUUUUUUUUUGUAUGUAAACUGUGUUCGCUGAGAGUUGAUAAUUCAAAUAAAUUAAAAUUAGUUUCUUUCCAAGUAUGUGGUAAAAAGUUAUUUUACUAAACAAUUGUUAUUUUUAAAGUGAUAUCACUAACUUCUGGGAUAACUUAAAUAAAAUUUAUAACCAAAAUUUAUGAAUGAUGCGGCGAUCUGUCAGGUUCCGUCCGGGCGCCCUUCGAGUGACGUAUGUUUAGUAAAUCUUGGUGUGUCUAUUUCAACUCUCAGGUUGUGGCUUCAUUCAGGAUCCACUUUACAGUUGAUGACCAGCUCAACCCCAAUAAUUGCAUAUUAGGAAAUUGGCUUGAGAUGUCGAUAUUUCAAAUCUAAACAAUUUGUUAUUUGUAGAGAGUCCCGCAUCGCUCAUAAAUUUUACUAAUUUAAUUUAGUUAUAUUACUGAUAGAUGCUGGUAUUACUACUACACCUUCAUGCCUCGUACUGAUACUCGUAGUUUGGCUACACCCGUCAUACUAAUUGCGAUGAUAUUAAAUUCUCGAAUAUUAACUCUCGGCGAAUAAAUUUUACACACAUAAAGUAAUAUAUUAUAUGACAGGGUAUAUGCAUGUAUGAUUAUUUGUCAUUAGUUCACUGAAUACAUUGUCCACAAACAUUAUUGAUAUAAUUAUUGGAAUAUUAACUCAUUAGCUGUUAACAACCAACAAAUCAAAAUCCAGAAAAAGACAAUGUUAACGAUUUAUAAUCAUAAUAAUAAUCAGGGAGUGUACAUUUCAUGCCCGUUUCCUCAUAAUGACGUAUUAAUAUAAACACACACAGGAUGUUUCAAAAAACGUAGUGACAGAUAGUCGUAUGAACGUUUGAUUCUAACAUAAUAGUUUCUGAAAUAUAAAAAAUAAGUAUUUAAUGGGAUUGGAACAAAAUGCGUUAGUUAUAAAUUAUAACUAAUUAAUUUAUCUCUAAACUAGCUGACCCAGCAAACGUUGUAUUGCCGAUAUUAAAAUCGCGAUACAAAAGUAACUGUUGAUCGUAGAUGGGUGAAAAUUUGGAUUUGUAUGUAUUUUUUAAUGCUGACUCAUAAUCGAACAAAUUUAAAAAAAUUUGGCGUUAAACCCUUAACAUUUAGGAGGAUGAAAAAUAGAUGUUGUCCGAUUCUCAGACCUACCCAAAAUGCACUCAAAAUUACAUGAGAAUCGGUCAAGCCGUUUCGAAGGAGUUUAACUACAAACACCGCGACUUGAGGAUUUUAUAUCUAUACUAAUAUUAUUAAACUGCAGUGUUUGUUUGUUUGUUUGAACGCGCUAAUCUCUGCUACUACUGGUCCGAUUUGAAUGAUUCUUUCAGUGUUGGAUAGUCCAUUUAUCGAGGAAGGCUAUAGGCUAUGUUUUUUUUUUAAAUUAGGGAUCCGUAAUAAAAUUGCUAUUUUGUAACACAAGGUGUAAAUUCGAAAACUUAUUUUUGCGUGCGCUGCAAAAACUAUUGACAAUAGAACAAAAUGUUGUACAGGCUAUAAUAUAGGCAAUAUUUUAUUACUUAUAAAACUAUCGCGUGAAUUAUACUUUAUAUGGCAAAACAACGUUUGCCGGGUCAGCUAGUAUUAGAUAACACGCAUAAUUAAAUGAAGAAAUAGUCAUGAAAACCAACAAUUCGUUUUUUUCCUGUAUGUAGCUUGACGUCAUACGCCUGUCAUCGGCAUGACAUGUAUGCUCUCUGAUAAUAAUAAUAAAUUAAACACAUAUUUAAGGACCGAAUACAUUAUAAUACAUGCCAGCAUUAUUAAGAUAAUAUAAUUAGUAUAGAUUAUAGUGACUUAUUAUAUUAAUUUUGUAGUUUUUAAUAUUUCUGUGUAUAAUUAAUUCUUUUUUGUAGACCACUUCUAAAAUGGUUCCGUGUGCUGUUAUUAUUUUGUAUGUUUUUCUAUAUUAAUUUAGAUUAAACGACAUAUCUCAGUUAUUGAUUGACAAAUAGUACUCCAACAACGACAGUAUUAAAUAACUGUGGUAUUAUAUUCAAGGUAUAGGCUAUUUCAAUAUUUAUAUUGAAAAUUAAUCACGUUCAAAUAGUAAGCAUCACUUGUACCCUCAUUAGCUAAUGUCAAUAUUAUAGGUAAAUCAAAUCAGAACUGAUUGAAUCAGUUUUUUUCUACUUUACUUAAUAUAUAUAUCGCCGGGACACCACGUUGGCUUUACUAGUCGCCGCUACCAACAAAAUAUAUACAGCUCUAUAGAGAUACUGAUCUGGUGUCUAGUUUGGUAGCUUACGGACACCACCUUGAUGUCCUGGUGAAAUAUUGCCCUUAAUAAAGUCAAUCCGGUUGAAGUAUAUUUAUAAUAGUACUUCAUGCAUAUACCAUUAAAAUCACUCUUAAUCACGUUAAUAACUUUGGUGCAGCGUGGCAAAUUUGUAAGAGAAACGCGCAUGGCUGCGGACGAAAGACGAACAACUACGGUUGUGCGGGUGGAUGCGUUGGGAACUGCAUAAAAGUCUGAAGCCUUGUACACAUACAUAGGUCUGCCUUUAGUUUCACUCGUUCGAUGUAAAAUGUGGACCCGGCAUUAUGAAACACAACAUCAGAUACAUCAUUUGAAUUCAACUAACUUCAACCUCUCUCUCUUUUCUGAAACUUUCCUUCGCCUACUUGAGUCUGUUUUGGACCGUUCCAGAACUUGCGUCAGUAACUAUAUGGCUUGCAACCCCAUCUGACUUGUGGCCUAUUUGAUCUGUUUGCGGCGUUUGAUUUGUACAACAGUGUCAAGUAUUCGCUCCUGCGUACCUGGUCUGCUAACGUGGCGUGCUUUAUUGAGCAUUUCGCCAUCUCCGAAGUAUAAACAAUAAUGGUCAUUCGACCAUACAGGGCAGACAUCUUAACUGACACGCUCAAUGCACGCGGUGCCAUUCAACUGUGUUUAUUACAAGCACAUUACGUUCCAUCUCUUAAGUUUCCGGUUUAAGAACGAUGUGCGGGCCGAACGUAUUUGUUUUAUAGUGCUAUUAGGCUCAGGUCAUACUAUCAGAGUAAUUAUCAAAUAGGAGGCGAUCAUUAAUUGCAUGAGGAAUUUUUCUCCCCCUCCCUUCCUUUUUUUUCGUUGUUACUUGAAAACUUAAAUAUUUCGGUUGUGUUAUCACUAUAGAACAGCACUUUAUGUUAGUACAUUCGCUUUAGUAAGUAACUAGCGGUAUAGUAUCGUAAGCCUAUCAAUUAUAUAUAGCAAACAUAAAACGAACGCCUUAUAAGAUACGUAUAAUAAUUAGUUAAUAAAUUGAAGAGUAUUAGCAAUACGAUGUAAAUAAAUAAUGAACGAACAAACUGUAUGUAGCUGCCAAUUCCAAUAUUGUAGUUAUAAGCAUAAGCUUAGAUUAAGGAUUGGUCUCCGCUAAUCCGUAAUACUACGCCCAACUGGGACGUUGACCUGCCACAUGUUCUGUUAAACUUUGCUAAUAAGUAAUUAACUAAACUAAAAUGUGGGGUUGCGUAGUAAAACUUUGUAAAAAGAAUACUACAAGAAAUAAGAAAGACCGUGGGAUCACAUAUCAGUAAGUAUUUUGUUUUUUAUUGAUUUCAAUGUAAAAUAACACGAAUUGUAUGUUGAAAGAUGCCAUUAAGUGUCAAGAUGCCAAGCACACAAGCAUCUAAUAGUUGCCGUAUUAAAAAAGCUAUUGUUCUUGGGUAGUGCGGUAUAUAGUUGGAAAGCAGCGGAGACCAAUCCUUAAUCUAAGAGCAUAAGGUUCUUUUUUAAGCUUUGAACUCUGACGUAACUUAGAUAAUAUUAAAAAAAUUAUUCAGUAAUGUGGCGUCUUAUAUUAUUUUUAUAACUAUUGCUUCUUGGGACUUGAACAGUUACGAAAUACUUUUGGAAUACGCGUCAACUUAUUUCCAGUUAUUGAUGGAAAAAAAUUGCAAUUUGAGAGGAUUUCACUUCGGAGUUAGACUUAGUUUUGAGUGGUGUUAGAUAUCAUUGCCUUUCUUUCUGACCUUAAAGAAAACUUUUAACCAAUGCCAGGGCAAACACAAAAAUAAAGUCUUAGAUCAUUUCUACGUACGUAUCAUUUCUACCUAGACGGAAUAUGACAGCUGUGAAAACGUCGAAAAAAUUGAGUUUAGAACUAACCUCUAUUUUGAGAAAUGCACACACACUAACACAAAGUGUCAUACAAAUCGCGAGUGUCAGACGUAGCUUGUCACGCACACUAAA